GUUGUUCCUUGUUCUUGUUGGUGUAUUUAUUUCGUGAACUAGCUUACGACAAAAGUUAUUCAGCGCAUUUUCUACUUUCUAUUUGAAUAAUCAGUUUGUCUGCAUAACCUUAACUGAAAUAUCAUGGCUAAGAAGAAGCGAGAAGAAGAAGACGAUAAUCCUGAAGAUACCUCACCCUCGUCAGACUUAAGGAAGAGAAAGAAAGGGAAGAAAGAUGACCGAGAAGUAGAAGAUAUUGAGUUGUCUCCGGGUGGAGAAGAUGAUCACGUCUCUCAAAAGUCUACAAAGAUUGCACCAAAGUGUUUGACAACGAGAGAAAUCGGGAGACGAUACCUAAACCGGGAAAGCUAUUUAAAACUGUGCAUUAAAGAGAUGUUAAUCUAUUUCAUAUUUCUUAUCGUAUUGGGUAUAUUGGCUGCUGGGCAUCACAGCAACGCAGAAUACUACUUGACUAGAUCAAUGACCAAACUGUUCACUGAGGCGCAAUUCAGAGCUCGUCGUACCAAUGAAGCGAUCACCUACAAGGAGAUAAACACCGUCGAGCAUGUUUGGUCUUACUUUCACCACUAUCUGCAAAACACAUUUUGGAUUUACUGGUACAGUCAUCAGGAUAAAGUGGAUACAGUCCCUCCAGAAAUCAACGAUGCGAUAUUGUAUGAAAACAAAAUCCUGGGAAGACCGAGAAUCAGACAAGUGAGAGUGAGAAAAGACUCAUGUUCAAUUCCAGACGAAGUGAAGAAUAUUUUUGGCAGCUGCUACGCUGAGUAUUCAAGCAGUGCGGAGGACACUGGGGAUUAUGGUCCUGCAGAAACUAACGUCAGUACAGCAUGGAAAUACCAAUCGGCAGGAGAGCUGGGCUCUCUAUCAGUGAGUGGACAGAUAUCCACCUAUGGAGGCGGAGGUUACUACUUUGACUUCAAGAGGGACAUGGAGAAGACAAACAGCUCUGUAAUGGAGCUUCUCCGUGACACUUGGCUAGACAGAGGCUCUAGAGCUCUGAUCAUGCAGUUCACCACUUACAGUGUCAACGAAAACAUCUUCUUUACCCUCAUAUUACUCCUGGAGAUCCCACCGACCGGAGGAGUGAUUCCCUCCUACACAAUAUACAUACACAAGUUUUUUGACAGGGAUUUCUGGGAUAUGCUUCUGUUGAUCUGCUUUGCAGUGUUUGUUUUAUUUAUUCUGUGGUACACAAUAGAGGAAGUGUACGAAAUAUCUUACUUCAGAUGGCACUAUUUUGACUCUUUUUGGAACUUCUUGGACUUUUUUAUCCUCAUGCUGGCUUAUAUCACGAUCGGGAGUUACAUCUUUCAAUAUCUGGUCGUUAGUUCACAACUUCCGCAACUUAUAGAGAAAGUAGAAGAGUUUGCAUGUUUUGAUCACAUAAACUCGGCAAGAGAAACUUUAGUAACCCUUUUGGUCAUUUUGUUCUUCUUUGCUGCCAUCAAAGCUGCAAAAUAUCUAAACUUCAACCACUCAAUGCACCAAAUGCAGACUACUAUUCAAAGGGCUACAAAAGACAUUGCUUGCUUCUCAGUUAUAUUUUUCAUCGUCUUCAUAACAUUUGCCCAGCUUGGUCACCUGCUAUUCGGUGGUCAGGUCAAAGAUUUCAGAUCGUUUAUCCACGCAGUGUUCGCUCUGCUAAGGACCGCUGUUGGAGAUUUUGACUACCAAAAAAUAGAAAGAGUCAACCACUUCCUUGGGCCAAUUUAUUUCUUUGCAUACAUAUUCUUCAUUUAUUUCAUCCUUGUGAAUAUGUUUUUGGCUAUAAUUAUCGACACAUACUCGGAAGUGCGUGCAAACAUCAGAGAUCAAAGCAAAGACCUCCACAUUUCGGACAUAUUUGGCAAUUGCCUCCGCAAUAUGUUGCGUAUUUGUGGAAUGAAGAAAAUAGCAGACAAGCACGAACCCCCUUCGCCAAAGCUACCCGGGGAGGAGUCCCCUUACGAUGACAUUCAUGAUCUUCUUAGAAGAUGUGGCUUCAAUGACAUGGAGAUAGACUUGUUCUUCUCAAAAUUUGACAUUCCAAGAGACAAGCCGAUAUCACAGGAGGAUAUGAGGAAGAAACUAAUGCAGAACUUUAACCUUCAGUCAGACUCAGGAGGUCUGCUCUCAGCUGUGGAGAAGGAGAAGGAUGAGCUUGGAGAAAAGCUCAUGCAGCGUAUAAGAAAUCUGGAAGAGAACAUAACUGAUGUUAAUUACAAGAUUGAUUUGAUUGAUAACAAAAUAGAUUCCAUACAGCAAAUCAGGGCUAAGAAAACAUUGAAAGAAAACUUAGAAAUGGCUAAGACUAAAAACAAAGAUUUUGAUGAAGAAUCUAUAUCAUCAAAAGACACACUCAGGAAAAGGAAAAACAUUGAGAAAAAAGACCAAAAAGAGGAUGAUUCAGUCCCUCCAUCUGCGAAAAGUUCUGAAUAUCUGCAGCACAAACCUGUUAAGGAAGCUCCAAUGAUUUUUACCACUCGAGAAAUCGGCAAAAGGUACAUGGAGAGGGAGGAAUUCCUGAAGCUUUGUAUCAGAGAAAUGUUUGUUUACCUGGUCUUCUUAAUUGUUCUAGGAUUUUUAUCAGCUGGUCAUCACAGUCAGCAUGAGUACUACUUGUCCAGAGUUAUGACCAAUUUCCUCAUGGGAACCAAGUUCAAAACAUAUCUGACAAACGAAGUGAUCAACUAUGAGGACGUAAACACUUUGGAAAACGUUUGGGACUACUUCCAUUUCUACCAAGAAUCAACCUUUUGGACGUACUGGUAUGGUAAUCUAAUAAAUGAAAACACGACCAUGAGAGACGAGGACCGAAACAUGAUUCUCUAUGAAAAUAAACUGAUCGGAAAACCUAGGAUAAGACAACUGAGAGUGAAGAAUGACUCAUGUGAAGUUCCGCCAGAUUUUCAACUUAUGUUCUCACACUGCUACGCUGAAUAUUCCAGCAGUUCCGAAGAAACGGCAGAUUACGGACCAGGAGAUUCGAACAGCUCAACUGCGUGGCAUUACCACAAACCAAGUGAUCUCAAAUCUUUGCAAAUAAGUAGUGGGGAGAUCUCUACUUAUUACGGAGGAGGAUAUUACUUUGACUUUAAAAAUACAGUGGAGGAAACUAAUAAAACUGUGAUGGAGCUGUUCCACAACCUCUGGUUAGACAGAGGCUCACGAGCGCUGAUCUUACAGUUCACUACUUACAACGUCAACAUAAAUUUGUUCUUCACACUUACACUGCUACUGGAACUACCACCCACUGGGGGUGUUUUACCUUCGUACAUUAUUUACACACACAAAUUCAUCAGUAGAGAUCUAGGAGACAUGCUCUUGAUGAUUCUAUUUUUGAUAUUCGUUAUAUUUAUGUUAUGGUAUACAGUGGAAGAAAUUUAUGAAAUCAUUUAUUUCAAAUGGCGCUAUUUUGAAUCAAUUUGGAAUAUUUUAGAUUUGGUCAUUGUUGUUUUUGGAUACACAUCAAUUGUAUUCUUUGUUUUCCAAUAUAUGGUCAUUAACACCCAACUCAAUUCUCUACUGGCUAAAACUGAUGAGUUUGCCUGCUUUGAUGAAGUCAAUGCUGCUAAAGAGACUUAUACAACACUUUUGUCCAUAUUAUUCUUCUUUGCUGGCAUCAAAGUCCUGAAGUACAUCAACUUCAACCACUCUAUGCAUCAAAUGCAGAACACUCUUUCAAGGGCUACCAAAGACAUUGCAUGUUUCUCCAUCAUAUUUUUUAUUGUCUUCAUAACGUUUGCCCAGCUGGGACAUUUGUUGUUUGGAAGCCAAGUAAGAGAUUUCAGAUCUUUUGUACACUCUGUUUUCGCUCUUCUCCGGACAGCUGUUGGGGACUUUGAUUACCACAAGAUUGAAAAUGUUAACCACUUCCUUGGUCCUGUGUACUUCUUUGCUUACAUUUUCUUCAUUUACUUCAUUCUUGUGAACAUGUUCUUGGCCAUCAUCAUUGACACUUACUCCGAAGUGCGCUCAAGUAUCAGGGACCAGGCGAAGGAGUUACAGAUGGGAGACAUUUUUGCUCGUUGGUUUGGCGGUCUACUUGGGUUAUGCGGGAUGAAGAAGAUUGCAGACAAACAUGCUCAGCCACUUCCCAUUGGUGGGGAGGAGGACUCACACUUUCACGACAUUCAGAACCUUCUACGAAGGUGUGGAUUUAAUGACAAAGAGAUUGACCUUUUCUUUUCAAAGUUUGACAUUCCUAAAGACAAGGCAGUAACGCAAGAAGAAAUGCGACACAAACUACUUCAGAACUUUAACCUGCAGUCUGAAGCAGAUCGAUUGAGGGGUGUGGAUCAAGAAAAAGACGAGAUGGGUGAAAAACUCAUGCAACGCAUAAGACUCUUGGAAGACAACAUUACUGAUGUGAACUACAAGAUUGACCUGAUAGACAACAAAAUCGAUGUAAUACAGCAAAUAAGGGCUAUGAAACGCACAAAACAAAGCCAGGCAGGACCAUCUACUGCAGAAUAGGAUGUUUACAGCAUAAGAUUAAAUCUAUAUAAUGUUGGUAUCCUAAGCAAGUUCAAACACUUUUGGGCGAGUACUGUUUUUUAAGUUUUUUUUCAUCAUUUUGUUCCAAUGAAGAUUUAACUUAUUAUAAGAAAUGUUUUAAACUGUGUUUAAUAGUUUGUAUCUUUUACUGUAAUGCUAUGUGUGAAAAACUGUUUCGAUUUAGUGUCAAUAAAUGUUCUA